AUGUCUGAUUCGGAUGAAUUUCGUUGCUUCAUUGGUGGCCUUGCAUGGUCAACCUCGGAUAGAAAGUUAAAGGAAGCAUUUGAAAAGUAUGGCAAGCUUCUUGAGGCUAAGGUUGUGGUUGACAAGUUCUCGGGUCGUUCUCGUGGUUUUGGGUUUGUCACGUUUGAUGACAAGGAAGCAAUGAAUGAGGCUAUUGAGGCCAUGAAUGGAAUUGACUUGGAUGGUCGAACUAUUACCGUAGAUAAAGCCCAACCUCAAGGAAAUAGAGACGAUGAUGACCGUCGAGGUGGUCGUGACUCACGUGAUCGCAAUCGUGGCCGAGAUUAUGGAGGUGGUCGAGGGUCUAAUGGCGGUGAAUGCUUCAAGUGUGGUAAACCUGGUCAUUUUGCAAGAGAAUGUCCUAGUGAAGGAGGAGAAAGAGGGGGAAGAUAUGGUGGAAGAGAAAGUAGAUACAGCGGUGGCUAUGGUCCUGAGAGGAAUGGUGGCGGGCGUGAUAGGGAUGGUGGCGGUCGUGAUAGGGAUGGUGGUGGGCGUGACAGGGAUGGUGGCGGGCGUGAUAGGGAUGGUGGAGGUCGUGAUAGGGAUGGUGGCGGUCGUGACAGGGAUGGUGGCGGUCGUGACAGGGAUCGUGCUGGACCAUAUGAGCGUCGUGGAUCAUAUGAGCGUCGUUGA